UACAUCUGUGUUUCAAUGGAGUCAAUGAUGCCUCUCAAGCUCAUCUUCUUCCUCACAUUCUUCAUCCACCUACACCGGUACUCAUCGGCCUCUAUACUCCCCAAAGAAGCUCACCCUACAAAAUCGGGCUACCUCACGGUCAAUGCCACCACCGGCUCAGCUAUUUUCUAUGCCUUUUAUGAAGCCCAAAAUCCCAAUGACACUUCUCUUUCUCAAACCCCACUUGUUAUUUGGCUUCAAGGUGGACCUGGUUGCUCCUCCAUGACCGGAAAUUUCUACGAACUCGGUCCAUGGAGAGUAACACCUUCUAUGAAGCAAAACGUCAAACACCUUGAACUCCAACCUAACCCUGGUUCUUGGAACCGAAUAUUCGGCCUUCUUUUCCUUGAUAAUCCGAUUGGAACCGGCUUUAGCAUCGCUUCGACACCGGAAGAGAUCCCAACAGAUCAACAAGCUGUAUCAAGGCAUCUGUUCAUUGCGAUAAGAAAGUUUAUUGCUUUAGACCCGUUGUUUAAAUCUCGUCCAAUUUAUAUUACAGGUGAGAGUUAUGGUGGAAAAUACGUGCCAUCCAUUGCGUAUUACAUCCUCAAAAGAAACCCCCUUUUAACCCCUUCGAAACGUGUCAACUUACAUGGAUUGGCAAUCUCAAAUGGGUUAACCGAUCCGGAAACCCAAGUGGGUACUCAUGCUUUGCAAAGUUACUAUUUUGGUUUGAUCAAUGAAAAACAGAAAACCCAAUUGGAGAAGCUUCAAUUCGAGGCUAUUCAGUUAACAAAAGCUGGUAACUGGAGUGAUGCUACGGAUGCAAGAACCAAUGUGUUGAGUUUUCUACAAAACAUCACAGGUUUAGCUACUUUGUUUGACUUCAGGAGGCAUCGUCUUUAUGAUACUGAUUGGGUGGUAGACUACUUGAAGGACCCAGAGGUUAAAAAGGCAUUGGGAGUGGAUGAGUCAAUGGUUUUUGAGGAGUGUAGUGAUGUGGUUAGUGCAGCACUCCAUUCAGAUGUGAUGAAGAGUGUGAGGUUCAAGGUGGAGUAUCUUGUUAAGAACACUAAGGUAUUGCUGCUUCAAGGGCAGUGUGAUUUGAGAGAUGGGGUGUUUUCUGCUGAAUCUUGGAUGAAGAAGAUGAAAUGGGAGGGGCUUCAGAAGUUUCUGGAUGCAGAAAGAGAUGUUUGGUAUGUGAACGGUGUGCUUGCAGGUUAUGUGCAGAAGUCAGAUAAUUUGAGCCAUGUGGUGGUGUUAGCGGCUGGGCAUUUCGUGGCAACCGAUCAAGCUGUGAAUUCUCAAGCCAUGAUAGAAGAUUGGAUUCUUGAUAGAGGUUUGUUUGUCAAUAAGCACAUUCAAAAUCUAUUUACUGACAUUUGAAAUUUUUGUUGUACUAAAUUUGAGAGCAUUGGAAUGACACUCCUGAUGAAAAUCUAUGGAUUUGCUUACCAUCAAUCAUAUACUCUGAUCUUCAAAACUGUUAUCGUCGUUUUCUUGACGUUUGUACUAUGAAUGAACAUUUGUUCGAUUGAUUCUCA